UAAACAGUUGUUUAAGUAUAUAGCAUAGUUAUCAAUUAUUUAGAAGAUAUAAGGUUGCAAAAGGAUUGUAAUAGAAAGUACAUUCAAACAGAUUUGAAUAUUGAAAUGAUGAACAUGAAAAAAGUGAAGUCUGGAAAAAAUCAUUUACACAAAAGUUCAGCUCGAGUUGUGAUUGUUGAUCUAUCAUCGACAUCAGAUCACUUACUAACAUCAUUUACUGACAAUUUAGUUCAAGCAUUGACUUUAUUUUUUCCACUUCACAAUUCUGUAUCUGGUCCUCCGAAAGUCCAACUGUUUAGUUUGUUUGUCCUUGGAAAAUCUGCAAAAUGCUUGGUACCAUUACAAAACAGCAUGAACUCAAAGAAUAUUUUGGAGUUGACUCAUGAAUUGAUUUUGAUUGAACGAAAAUUUUCUGGAGGAUCACAUGACUUUGAAGAUAAUUUGGCAUCCAUUUUAAGGGAAUGUGUGGCAGAUUUUCAAAGUAGCUCUGUUUCAUUUCAAAAAAUUCACAGUCAUCCAUCGCACAUUGACAUAUGUUUAUUUACAAAUCAUCAACAUCAAGUGAUCAAAAAACAAGUUGCCAAAGUGAUAAAUGAAAACAAUAUUGAUUUAAUAAAAAAAGUUCAAAUAGUUCAUGUGUCAAAACUGAUCAAUUUAGAAAUACAAGUUAGUCAACAGAGUGCAGAAUCAGAAGAAAAUGAAUUUAAGGAGAUAGUUGAUUACAUUGAGGAACUGCACUUUCACAAUUCAUUAGAAAGUUUCCAGCAAUUCUUCAAAAGUUGGCUCGUAGAUUAUCUACCUGAUGAUGUUCAAUUAUACAUUGAUUUUGAUCUUCAUAAAGAAAAUGGGUUUUCGCUAAAAUGUGAUCUUUGUGACGUUUUAGUAAAUCCAUUGAACUUUCUUAAAGGUAAAAUGAUGAUGCUUGAAACAAAUCUCAAUGUACAUAACGUUUUGAAGGCUAAAAGUAAACAGUUUUCUGUAUGGAAUACUUACAAUUUAAAACCAAAACAGUUGAUUAAAAGUUCUGAUGUUUGUGAGUCAAUGCUUUAUGGAUUACCCUACUUACUUAAACCUUCUACUUGUUGGAAAUUAGAAUGGGAUGACUUGGAAAAAAAUCAAAAUAACUUUAUAGGUGUUAAUGCGUACUUACAGAAGGAGAACUUAACGCUUUUACUUGAACAAUCUAAAGAUGGCAUUAGUUCUUACUUCCUCUUGCUUCCUUCUUCUGGUGGUACAAUGCUUAUAAAAUCGAUUGCUGUUGGUGAUAUUAUAAUGCCAUAUUGCCCUGGUUUAAAUUCACAUAACGUCAGUAUACCAUUGGAUGUUGAUUUACAAAUGAGAAAGAUUGUUGUGGCUACGUAUAAUCCGUUUAGUUUUACUUCUGGCCUUUACGUAAGCGAAAACAAGUCAACAACAUGUUUUUCUACUGGUGGUUUCGAAAGCAAAUUUUGUGCAAAUAAACGGAAACAAGAAUUGGAAGAACCAGAGAUUAUAAGCAAUGUUAAAAAAUUAGUACCAAGUUUUAGCUAUCAAUCACUUGUUAAAAAGAACAGAUGUGUAUUGAAACCGCCAAGCCCCAACAAUCGAAAAUUUGAAAACAAAUGUGUUUUGCAGUCACAGCGAAGUUCAUCCUUUCCUUCUCAGCUAUGAGAUUUUUUGAAAUUCGAUUUUAAUGUGCAUUGAAACCGAAACUAUUUUUUUUCUUCUGUUAUUAGUUUUCAUAAUAUUAUUCAUUCUUGUUAUACUA